AUGCCUCAACCACGACGAAAUACAGAGCAGGAAAGCAGCUCCAACUCUUUCUCAUUCUCAUACUCCUCUUCGCCUCCGCCGCCUUCCCCAAUUAAACAACAACACCUGCGGCAGAGGAAUUCCCAGCGGCAGGAGCAGGAUAAUCACGACGAUGGAGACUCGCCGGAAUCUUCCAGCAAGAAGAUGAAGCGGAUACGGGACUGCAGCAAGCACCCGGUGUACAGGGGAGUCCGGAUGCGGAGCUGGGGGAAAUGGGUAUCCGAAAUCCGGGAGCCCCGCAAGAAGUCGAGGAUCUGGCUGGGCACUUUCCCCACCCCUGAAAUGGCGGCGCGCGCACACGACGUGGCGGCGCUCUGCAUCAAGGGCAGCUCCGCCAUCCUCAAUUUCCCCGACCUCGUCAGCUCCCUGCCCCGGCCCGCCUCCGUCGCGCCGCGCGACGUCCAGGCAGCGGCGACCAAGGCCGCCCUGAUGGACGAGUUCGACGGGAAGCGGAUGACGGACGAAGAUUUCUCCUCCUCCGCCGCCGUGGCGGCUUCGGCGUCGGCAUCUUCGCUGUCGUCGAUGGCAGAGGAGGAUGAGGAGGGGUUGAGCGAGAUUAUAGAGCUGCCGAUACUGGGCGAUUUGGGGGGCGAGCUGAAGAGCGAGUUCGUUUUUGUUGACUCGGUGGCGGACGGGUGGCUGUACCCGCCGCUGUGGGCGCCGGACGACGGUGGUUGCGGCGGUGGUGGUACGGCGGGUAGGUAUGUUUGUGGUGGUGACGGGAACGGAUUUGGGGAUGGAUUGUUUUGUAAUUAUUAUUAA